UCUCGAGGAAAGGCUGCAAACUAUGUGAUAUGGGGGUACGGGAGGGAACGCCACAACCGAGCCUGUUACGUCACUUGUUGGGGACCAGAAAUAGUCCUGACUUAUGAGCCAUCGUGACCAGCCUUACCUGGAAUCCUCCAGAAAAGUUGAAGCUUGUUGAGAGAAGAGCUUAACCUGCAAGUCAGGGCCGGGUAGCGGCGGCAGCUUUUCUAUCACCCAGCGUUUUUUCGGUCCUGAGAUGCAAGGUUUAGCUGAAAACCUCCUUACGGGUAUUGGAUUUUUCCAGUGCUUGGAGGAGAUCAGGGCUGAGCCCACUGCUAGAGGGGACGCGGGAGAUCACUUUCAUUGGUUCAGGGCUUACUGUGCGCCCAGCGUGGAGAAUGCUUGUAAUUUACACAGGGUUUCACUGUUUACCCAGCACUCAUAGUCCCAAGGCCCCUCCUUUGGUUAAAUGACUUCCCCAAGGUCAUUUAUCUGGGGGCAGAACUGGGGACUUGACGUGUUGGUAUUCUAGCCAUUGAGCUGCUUCCAUUUUCUGUUGUGGGUAGAUAGGAGAAUCUUGAAGAUAUCCUUGCUGUGUGCAGGGUUUUUGUGUAUGUGUGUGACCCAGGUUGGCUUUGGUCAGCAUGCUGUACUGAUAGCCACAAAGUACCAAUACUGUUUUUUUUUCGUUCUUGUGAGCAGACAGCUUAGUAUAGCUAUAGAGAGGAGUCUGAGGCAAUCUUUCAGUGUUGGUUUUUUGAUGUAAGGUGUUUCAAGUUGAAAGAAUUGAAAUAACUGGGUGAUUGUCUCAGCUUCACAAGUACUAGAAUAGUUUUUUAACCUUUUUGAAAAUAGCUUUUCUUAUCUGUAAAAUGCAAAUGAUAAUAUCUGCCUGGUAGGUUAGUUGAGAGAAUUUAAUGGAAUGAUAUAUUUUAGAAGUCCUUUGUGAAAUGUUUCAGAAGUGUUAGAUGCUAUGAUUUUAGUCCCAGCUUUUCUGUUGUUUCUCAGUUAGAAAUAUAAAUAUUUAUAAUAUGUUUUUAAAACAAAUUAUCCUUUUUCAUAAUUAUCUUCGGUUCUUAAAUUGCUUCAUCAUGUCUUGAUACAUUUCUUGAUUUCUUUAUAUGUCCUUAUUGGAGCUUUAAUCAUCUUGCUUAUUGGUUUAAACUGAUCUAAGAAGCUGCAUGUUGGAAUGAAUGGGAUUUGGAGUUAUCAUAAUGGAAGCAAAAUACGUGAAGGAAAAAUAGUUACCUUUUUAUCAGCGUAUUGCACCUGACUACUAGUUGCAAGUGGUUUUCAUUACCUAAGAAAAUUUGUGAUGUAAAUGAAAAAUUACCUUUUAGACUCACUGUUUAUAAAUAUGCUUCGCCUAAGAGCUAUUUGUCCGUUCUCCUGGAGAGUGUUUCAAUUUCGAACCUGCAGCUGUAAACCACUAAUUAGCCAGAUGAUUACGUGUACAGAUGAAGAGCAAGUAUUUGAUCUUAUUGAAAAAAACAAAGCCAUACUUUCAGAAAAGCAAGUGGAAUGUGCAUUUAAUAUACUUUGGCAGUUUCAAAAGCAGAAGACCAGCUUUUUAAAAAAUGUUGACUGUAUCAGAGACCAUCCCCAAUUUCUUACUCUUCAUAAUUUAGCUACAAGUCAAAUGGAAUUCAUGAAUGAUGAUACUCUGGUGAAUGUCUUGUACAUCACACAACAGUGUGCUACUGAAGCCCAUGACCUGGUUGCAGCGCUAGUUAUAGAAGCAUGGAGAAGACUGGAAAGGUUUGAUAUUAAUGUGCUGUCAAAAUUUUCCUCUUGCCUAGCAAAGCAAAAUUUAUAUUUCAGUCCAUUAAUGGGAAAAAUAGCUGAUAUUGUACAUAGGAACCUGGAAACCAUAGAGGACUUAAGGUCCUUGUCUGUAUUGAUGGUCAGCAUAUCUUCUUUAAUAUCACAACGUUUUCAAGAACAAUUAGUGAACAAAACAGAAAAUCUUUUUGAUACCAUAGAUUCUUCCCAGGUCAACGUUGCAAGAAGAAUAGUACAAUUUCUUCGAAAUAUUAAAUAUAGUUAUUACCCACUAUUAGAAAGGUGCAAUAAAGUGUUUUUAAGCAAUAUGAACCACCUUGAUUUGGACUCCAUCAGUAAAAUACUUAGUCUGUAUCACUCUCUACAGUUUCAUAGUUUUGAAUUUGUUAAAACGGCUAAAAAGAGGCUAGCUGAAAUGAUUCCUCUGUUUGAUCACCCUGAUGGCUUUGUAAAACUGUUUGUAGCAUUGGGACCUAUUGCAGGACCUGAAGAAAAGAAACAACUUAAAUCAACUCUAUUAUUGAUGUCAGAGGAGCUAACCAGACAACAGGCCCUGGCAGUGAUGGGAGCAAUGGAGGAGAUGGAAAGCAGAAAUUCACAUCUGAUUAAAAAAAUUGCUUCAAUUCUGUAUAAACAUUUGGAUAACUAUAAACCAAUAGAGUUAUUGAGGAUAACUCAAGCAUUGAUUUUUCUACAUUUUCAAAGUAAAGAGCUUUUUGUGAGACUCAGAGAAUUACUGCUUAGAUAUUUGAAAAUUAGUGUUAUACCUAGUGAGAUUUCCAUCCUGGUCUAUGCUCUUUCCAUUCUUCCAUCUUCUCACCUAGAUGAAGUGGGGAUAUCUCGAAUUGAAGCCAUUUUACCACAGUGUGACCUAAAUGACCUGAAUGGUUUUGCUACAUCUGUUUUAAGAUGGAUUCAUUAUGAUCGCAAAUGUCUGGAUAAUACCACUGGGAAACAACUGAAACUGCUUCAAAAACUAGAUCACUUUGGUCUUCAGAGACUACGAAAAUGCAACAAUUUGAAUCUGUUGUGGGAAGAACUUAAAUCUUUAAAAGGAGACUGGUUUGCUGAGUCACUUCUUGAAGAAACAGCUGGUACUUUACACCGUUUGAUGGAGGAAAUUAAUUACAAAAAUGUUGCAGAGAUUGCAUCUUUUAUUUCUAGAACUAACUACUUCAGUACUUUGCUACUUGAUAGGAUAGCCUCAGUGGUUGUUCAGCAGAGUCAAAAGAUCCACCCUUAUGUGAUCCUUGAUAUUAUUCUUCCAUUUAGCAUCUUCAACUAUGAUCCACCUCAAAAUGAUGAAUUUUUCAGGAUUUGCAUUCAAUACCUGAAUUCUUACUUAAGUGGAUUGGAUCCUCUCAUGUUAGUGUUUCUUGGUUAUUCUUUGGCCACACUUGGAUAUUUUCCGGAAGAUCUGCUGAAGGCAAUUUUUAACAUCAAAUUCUUAGCCAAAAUGGAUUCUCAACUUGAAUUUUUAUGUUCAUCUCUAAAUAUGAAGGUCCAGUUUCGUCUUAUGGAAUUAAAUAGAGCAGUCUGCUUGGAGUGCCCUGAGUAUCAGAUUCCAUGGUUUCAUGACCGCUUCUGUCAACAACAGUAUAAUAAAGAUUUUGGCAGCAUGAAUGGAGCACAACAGCAGAUUUAUAAAAUGUUAGCAGAGGUGCUGGGAGGAACCAAUUGUGUAAAAGCCUCGGUUCUUACACCUUAUUACCACAGAAUAGAUUUUGAGUGUAUCUUGGAUAAAAGAAAAAAAGCUCUUCCAUAUGGAAGCCACAAUAUAACUUUGGGAAAACUGCCAGAAACGCACUGGGAAUCACAUACCCAAAUAACUGGAUCAAGACUGCCACCAGGAGCUGAAAGGAUUGCUCUGGAAUUUUUGGAUUCAAGAGCUUUUUGUAGAAACAUCCCUCACUUAAAAGGAAAAUCUGCUAUGAAAAAACGACAGUUGGAAAUUUUGGGCUAUCGUGUAAUUCAGAUCCCGCAUUUUGAAUGGAACUCUAUGGCAUUGUCAACAAAGGAAGCUCGGAUGGACUACCUGAGAGAACGUAUAUUUGGAAAAAGCAAAUCAUGAUUGUAGUUUUUAUUUAAAAUUAGUGACGAUGGUGUGUGACAACUGCACUUAUUUUAAUUAAGUGGCCUGACUCAAUGAAAAAAUAAUGGUACAGAAUUGACUGAUUUGAAGGUCAGUUGAAUACCUAUUGAAAUAAACAGACAUUUUACUUU